AUGAGUCCUGCUCUGCUCCUGCUGCUCAGUGCAGCUGGUGUCUGGCACGGCUCAGCAUCCCCAGUGAUCAGCCCUGACCUCCCUGCUCUGGUUGUCAACACCGGUGAUCCAGUCAUCUUGUACUGCUCAGGAGAGUCUGAAGUUGAGUGGAAAGGCCGAAAGGAUACAUUCAACCACACCAGCAACCACACCAGCAGCACACUCAGUAUUCUCAAGGCCACUUUCAGGAAUACAGGCACCUAUAUGUGUGCUUAUGUCAACAGCAGUGACAAAAGCAUUGCAACCGUGCAUCUGUUCGUGCGAGAUCCCAAUAAUGUGUGGUACGUCCCGAGUUUCUGGAUCUCCGUGACCACAGGUGGUGAUGCUGAGCUCCCCUGUCUCGUCACGGCCCCCGAGUACGGAUCCAGCGUGACUCUGAUAAUGGAUGACGGCUCUCGUCUCUCGCCCAGGACCAACUAUUCUUUCAGUACUGAGAAAGGAAUAACAGUAUACAAUGUGCAAAGCAAGCAGAAGGGCUAUUACAGAUGCCAAGCAGUGAUAAAUGGAAAAAUAGAGAAGUCAUCAAGAAUAAGACUGCUUGUUGAAGAAGCUCUGGAGAAGCCUGUAUCAGUGACGAUGGACCCUGUAGACCAUGUGAGAAUCGUGGGUGAACCUUUCAAAGUCACUUGUAGAGUAAUUGCUCCUUCCCACAAGUAUGACAUCAGAUGGGUGACAGCAGCAAAGAGGGUCAGGACAACUCGAAACCGUAGCUUUGAAAAUGAUAACUACCUCAUCGACGCCAUCCUGUCUGUUCCAGAGGUGACCAUGGAAGACAGUGGGAAAUACACUUGUAUAGCUAACAAUUCAUUCAAGAAUGCCUCAACACUGCUUCAGGUAGUAGAGAGAGGUUAUGUGUUCCUGACCCCAGUGCAAGCCACGAGCCAGGAGCUUGCUUUGGGAGAGAGUCUGAAGCUGCAGGUCCACGUUGAGGCUUACCCAAAACUUCUCCACUGGGGCUGGGAGCACACAAACCCCUUGGACUCUGGAAGUACCACAUUUGAGGGCCGCAUGAUCUCUGGAAACAACUGGUAUAACAACACGCUUUCCCUGAACCGCCUGCAGGAAGGAGAGGGAGGUCUCUAUACAUUUUAUGCCCUUAACAAUGAGACCAAUGCAUCAGUUACCUUCAGUGUCUCUGUGAAAUCUCCUCCAAGGGUCUGCAAAAUCAAGGUACCAGCCAAUGACUCCAGCAUCCUUCAGUGCAUGGCCAUUGGCUACCCUGCCCCACGCAUUGAGUGGUACCAGUGUCCCAUUCACUCUGACAGGUACAACGAGAACUAUAGGUUGCUACUGAAUGACUCCAGUCCCCAGGUGGUGAACACGUUGCCCUUCCGAGAGGUGGAGGUGGAGAGCGCCAUCCCCUUCCAGGAGCCUAGUGCCAAUUUCACCUUCUGCUGUGUGGCCAUUAACAGAGAGGGGAACGCUUCUGACAUGUUUCACUCGCUCACCAUCACCAGAAAUGUCAUGGCACCCCCAAACAACCUCUUCAGCCCCGUUCUCUCCACCUGCAUAGGCACAUUGGUCCUGCUGCUCCUCCUACUCCUCUUCCUCCUCUACAAGUAUAACCAGAAACCAAAAUACCAGGUGCGGUGGAAGAUCAUUGAGGCCUGUGAAGGGAAUAACUACAUCUUUAUUGAUCCUACUCAGCUGCCAUACAAUGAAAAAUGGGAGUUUCCCAGGAAUAAUCUCCAGUUUGGAAAAACUCUUGGAGCAGGAGCCUUUGGAAAAGUGGUAGAAGCCACUGCUUUUGGACUGGGCAAAGAAGAUUCGGUCCUCAAAGUGGCUGUGAAGAUGCUAAAAUCAUCGGCAGACACAGAUGAGCAGGAGGCUCUCAUGUCUGAGCUGAAGAUUAUGAGUCACUUGGGACACCACGAGAAUAUUGUUAACCUGCUGGGAGCAUGUACCUAUGGAGGUCCUAUCCUCGUCAUCACCGAGUACUGUCGCCACGGAGAUUUGCUGAAUUUCCUGCGGAAGAAGGCUGAAUCCAUAAUUAUCCAGGAUUCUACCCUGGAUACCUCUUUAGACAGCACUGCUGAUUACAAAAACGUUGACCUAGAGAAGAAAUACAUCUGCAGUGACAGUGGCUUCUCAAGCCAGGGUUUGGAAACGUAUGUUGAAAUGAGGCCUGUGUCAUCAUCAUCCUCUUCAGCAUCAUCAGAUUCCGGGCAAGCCAGGGGGAAAAGCUCAGAGGAAGAAGAUGAAACCAGGGAGGACCUCCGUCCCCUCAGUCUCUCUGACCUGCUGCAGUUCUCCAGCCAGGUGGCCCAGGGCAUGGCCUUUCUUGCAUCAAAGAACUGCAUCCACCGUGACUUAGCAGCCAGGAAUGUGCUCGUAUCAGAUGGACGGGUAGCCAAGAUUUGUGACUUCGGCCUGGCCCGUGAUAUCAUGAAUGACUCGAACUAUGUUGUAAAAGGCAACGCCCGCCUGCCCGUGAAAUGGAUGGCCCCAGAGAGCAUCUUUGACUGCAUUUACACAGUGCAGAGCGAUGUCUGGUCUUACGGCAUCCUUCUCUGGGAGAUCUUCUCCCUUGGUAAAAGCCCGUAUCCUGGCAUGGUGGUCAACAGCAAGUUCUACAGCAUGGUGAAGCAGGGAUACCAGAUGGCCAGGCCUGACUUCGCUCCCUUCCAAAUGUACAGCAUCAUGCAGGCAUGCUGGAGCCUGGAGCCCACACAGAGACCUACCUUUGACCAGAUCAGCUGCUUCAUUCAGAAAGAGCUGGAGGUGCAUAAGGAACAGGACUACACCAACCUCCCCUCCACUGCUGAGAAGGACAGUGGCUGCGAUACCUCUGGCUGCUGUGAGGAGUCCUGUGAGCAAGAGGACAGCGGCCAGCCCCUUCUCAAGAGCAACAACUACCAGUUCUGUUAGCUGGCACCAUGGCCCUGGGGUAGAUCCCUGUCCUGGCCCUGCAGAGCGCACGGUUCCACUCUGCCCUAGGACGCAGACGCCUUCUGCUUUGGCUC